UUUGCCCUGUGAUACUCAUUCCUGUCACUGAUUAACCAGCAGUACAGGCAGGCUAUCCUGCCAACAUUUACUGUGCCUGGGGAGAGACAUCUGGCCAACCUUUGGUGAGCAGGGAAAAUGUCCACUCGUUACCACCAAGCUGCUAGUGAUAGCUACCUGGAACUUCUGAAAGAGGCUACCAAGCGAGAUCUGAAUCUCUCUGAUGAAGAUGGCAUGACUCCCACUCUCCUGGCAGCCUACCACGGGAACUUGGAAGCCCUGGAAAUUAUCUGCAGCAGAGGAGGGGAUCCUGAUCGAUGUGACAUCUGGGGAAAUACUCCUCUACAUUAUGCAGCCUCCAAUGGCCAUGCCCACUGUGUCUCAUUCCUGGUCAACUUUGGGGCUAACAUCUUUGUCCUGGAUAAUGACUUACAGUCUCCGUUGGAUGCUGCUGCCAGCAGGGAGCAGAAUGAAUGUGUGGCCCUCCUGGAUAAGGCUGCCACUGUACAGAACAGUAUGAACCCCAAGAAGGUCGCCAGGCUGAAGGAGCAGGCUCAGAAGAAUGCCAGGAAGCAGAUCAAAGAGUGUGAAAGGAUCCAGGUGAAGCACCAAAAUAAGAUGGCCCACACCUACAGCAAGGAGGAAUCUGGGACUCUUUCUUCAUCCAAGGGUACAUUCUCGAAGUCAUCCUUUUCAAAUGCUUCUGCCUCCAGUACAUUUGGAUCCCUGUCUAAGGGCAUUAAGGAUACCUUCAAGUUAAAGUUCAAGAAAAACAAAGACACAGCGGAGCAGGUGGGAAGGGAAGGCAGAAGUGGGCAGAAGAAUGUGAUGGAAAUGUUCAGAGAGGAGGAAGAAGACUCCUUCUCAGAGGACCUCAAAGAGAAGCUCCAGAUCCCAUCAGAGGAGAACAGCAGUGGGCAACAUGAAUCCAUUCUCAGCCGUCCAGGUCUAGGAAAUAUUGUUUUUCAAGGAAACAGAGUAUCGAGCCCUGAAGACAUCUCAGACAGCAAGAGGGAGUUGGAAUUCCAAAUGCCCAGGGAAUUGCUUCAGAGACAAGAAGAAGCAGAGGCUGAUGAAGAGAUAGAGGACAACAUCCCUGGAGAUGACCUGCCUUGGGAUGAGGCUGAAGUGGAGUGGGAGGAGGAUGUGGUCGAUGCCACUCCCCUGGAAGUGUUCCUGCAGUCCCAUCAUCUGGAGGAAGUCCUCCCCAUUCUCAUGAGAGAGGAGAUCGAUCUAGAAGCUCUAUUGCUUUGCUCUGAUGAGGACCUUCAGAACAUACAAAUGCACUUGGGUCCCAGGAAGAAAGUACUUAAUGCCAUAAACAGAAGGAAGCAGGUGCUACAACAGCCUGGGCUGCUGGUUGACACCAGUCUCUGAUGCAGAGUGGUAGCUCAACAAGUGAGUCUGCAUGGCCCACUGGAAGCACUCCAGGCAAAAUCCCCUCUCUACUCAAUGCCAGGCCAUCAUGAAUGGUUUCUAGGGUUUUGGAUAUGCCUACCUAAGAGGCCCAAAUUCUGUCUGGGAAAUUUUCUAUACCCCAUCCAAAUAAACCAUCACCAAGACACUCAAGACAACCUCAGAACAAGAAAAUGGCAUUUGUCUUCAGUUAUCCUUUUGAUAUUUUUGAAUAAAGAAAUGGUCAAAUGGAUGACAGAAAGGGAAAAGAAGCUUUCUUUACUUUUCUAACUCUGUACUUAAAUUUACAAACUCCCAUCCCACUAGUUUGCUGCUUUCUUUCUAAUCAUCAUAGGCUGCAGAUUCUAACUCUGGCGCUGUUGUUGGCUCUAUGACUUUGUGUUCUGGUGGAAACUGAAUAACCAGUGGAGGCAUUGGCCUGUGGCUUGAUGCCCAAUUCAAAUGCAUCUAACCUUUUAACAGAUGUUUACAACUAAUAGAAAUGGGUCUAUCAUGCUCAUACCUGACAGGGUGGCAGGUAGGAAGAGGGAAGCAAGAAAUAAAAUGUAGAGUACCUGUCAUAAACUAAAUUGUAUACCCCCAAAAUGCGUAUGUUGAAGACUUAACCCACCAAUGUGACUAGGUUUGGAGACAGGAUUAAGAUUAAAUGAGAUCAUAAGGAUGGGUCCCUAAUCUCAUAUAACUGGUGUCCAUAUGAGAAAAAGAGAUGCCAGGGAUACAUGCAGAGAGAGAGAGAAGGCCAAGUGAGGACACAAUAAUUCUCACAGUGAGAAGCUGAAGGAGAGAGGCCUCAGGAGGAAAAAAAAAAAAACCUGCCAUCUCUCAGUCUUGAACUUCCAGCCUCCAAAACUGUGAAAAAAAAAAUGUCUGUUGUGGAAGCCACUCAGUCUAUGGUAUUUUGUUAUGGCAGCCCCAGCGGAGGAACAGAGCAAGAGGGUAGAGGAAGAGAAAAAGGAUACAGAAAAAUGACUUUUCUAGGAGUAGAUGAUGCCUUCUACUUAGAAAAGGGAGAAUAAAACCCAGGUUCUUUGUGGGGAAGAUUGGAUUAUAAAGGUAAAGUUUGACAUUUUCAUGUUUACUAUGAAUAUAUCUUUUACUGUUGUUUAUCGCCAUUGCUGCAUGUCUGAAUAUGUGUUAAGUUCUACAACAUGAACUGGCCAGAUGCUGCUGACAUGUUUUUGUGAAUGGCAAUCCCAAUUUCAAAUUGAAACCCUGCUGAAUAUCUAAGCUUCUUUGGAUUUUUAUGGCCAGAUUUACGUGACAUGGAAGUUACCACUGAUUAUGUGUGUAAGAUAGAAAUAGCUGUUUAUCUUUGGCAUGUUUUUGGGUACUUCAAGAGGCACCAAAGAUAUAAGUUUAGGAAGCAUACAAAUGUUCAAAUAUGAUGAGCAGUUGGCCCAGUCUUUCUCAAUGGGUGGAUGCAGAAAGCUUGCCUGCCAUUGAAUAAAUGUGUUGCAGUAGGGGAUGAUUAUAUUUACAGAUACCGUGGUCUGUUGUUCUGGAAUCAACUCAAGUUGUAUUUGCCUUCAGUAAUGUGCACAAAAGCAGUUGGCAGAAAGAAGGCACUCAGAGUCUGAGCUUGCCUCUAUUAUACGUCAUCGCUGUAAAUGCCGGAUUGCCUCUCCUCCUAUUCCCCAGAAUCUUCCUGAUGAGGCAUCAUUUCCAGCCCCUGCCCCAAGUUACACAGCAAGGAGAGUGUCAUCAGUCAAGGAGGCAGAAAUGAGCCUAACUGUGCAAUUUUCACCCCCCUUGGGGGAGAUGUUUGCCAUUGGGGGCCCCUGGGGGUCCCUUUAGACACUUUUAUGCUUUUCUUGGGGGUUCUUGGCCUCUUAUGAUUUUCAGACUUAAUAAACAAGAGUUCUACCAACUUCUUAGCAGUGAAGAUAUAGCCUCCCCAUCAGACAGCAUUAGGUCAUAAAAA